AAAAUGUCAAACUUCGAGGAACAAAGAACCUCAAUUCUGGAGUCAAAUGAAAUUAACGAGCAAAUUUCAGAGGAUUACAUAAGAGGAUUUGAAGAGUAUAAGACUCAUGAAGCGCCAGAAUGGGUUUCAGAACGAUUAGAAGAAUUUAGAGAAAAACACCCUAUUUCCUUACCCAAAAAUCUACUCGACCUCACCCACAGUGAGAUAAUAACUGCUUCAGUUUCAGACACUGACGGAAGCAUACCUGAACAAGCAAAACAGAAUUUUAAGCAGAGGAAGAAGACUGGAGAUUUUAAAAGAGGAGCAUUAAGAGACAAAAAUAUGGAGAAGAAGUGAAGGGAGAUUGAGAGAAGUAUUAAGAGGAAGGUGAAUUAAGACCAAGAGACAGAUGAACAAGAGUAGGGUGUAUAUGAGAAAUAUUAUGAAGAAGAGUAAUAGAUGGAAAGAGUAUUAUAAAGGAUCAGGUUCGUAUUAUGAUCCUUCUGUGUAAGUGGAGUUGCUUGAUUUUAUUAGA